GGCACCUGCCAUGAUCGUCACUCAACAUCCGUACAAGUUACAUGUCGUCGUCGAUUCCAUUGACGUUGGCAUAAAUCGGUUCGGCGAGUCGGAAAUUGAGAAAAUGGGCACGGACGACAUGCGGAUAUCUCCGGCUGUUCCUAGGGGAAGUCCCGCGAAGGAGCAGCAGGCAGCCGGCGUCGGCAUUCUUCUUCAGAUUAUGAUGCUCGUUUUGUCCUUUGUUCUUGGCCACGUUCUUCGCCGCCAUCGCUUUUAUUACCUUCCUGAAGCCAGUGCUUCGCUCUUGAUCGGUUUGAUUGUGGGUGCGCUAGCAAACAUUUCCAACACGGAGACUAGCAUCAGGGCAUGGUUCAACUUCCACGAGGAGUUCUUCUUCUUAUUUCUCCUGCCUCCAAUUAUAUUUCAAUCGGGCUUCAGUCUGCAACCUAAACCAUUUUUUUCGAACUUUGGAGCCAUAGUGACAUUUGCAAUUUUUGGAACCUUUGUUGCAUCUAUUGUCACAGGAAUUUUGGUUUACAUUGGUGGAGUGAUAUAUCUCAUCUAUAGACUUCCUUUUGUUGAAUGUCUGAUGUUUGGCGCACUCAUUUCUGCUACCGAUCCAGUCACCGUUCUAUCUAUAUUUCAGGAGCUUGGUACUAAUGUGAAUCUCUAUGCUCUGGUCUUUGGUGAAUCUGUACUAAAUGAUGCUAUGGCAAUAUCAUUGUACAGGACAAUGUCAUUGGUGAGGAGCCAUACGUCAUCAACUCGAAGCUUUUUCAUGAUUGUGGUCAGAUUUCUUGAGACUUUUUUUGGCUCAAUGUCAGCAGGGGUUGGAGUUGGAUUCAUUUCUGCUUUACUUUUCAAGUAUGCUGGACUUGAUAUUGACAACCUUCAAAACUUGGAGAGCUGUCUGUUUGUUCUUUUCCCAUAUUUCUCAUACAUGCUAGCUGAAGGGCUUAGUCUAUCGGGUAUUGUAUCAAUAUUGUUCACCGGAAUAGUCAUGAAGCGAUACACUUAUUCAAACUUAUCAGACAGUUCGCAGAAAUUUGUAUCUGCAUUUUUCCAUCUGUUAUCAUCGGUGGCAGAGACUUUUGUAUUUAUUUACAUGGGAUUUGACAUUGCCAUGGAGCAGCAUAGCUGGUCUCAUAUUGGAUUUAUAUUUUUCUCAAUAAUAUUCAUUGGAAUUGCAAGAGCUGCAAAUGUGUUCUUGUGUGCAUAUUUGGUCAAUCUGGUUAGACCUGCACAUCGGAAAAUACCAAUGAAGCAUCAGAAAGCACUCUGGUAUAGUGGGCUUCGAGGUGCCAUGGCUUUUGCAUUAGCCCUUCAGUCAAUUCAUGAUCUUCCCGAAGGGCAUGGCCAGACAAUAUUCACUGCCACAACUGCAAUAGUUGUUUUGACGGUCUUACUGAUAGGCGGAUCAACGGGGACCAUGCUGGAAAGCUUACAAGUCAUUGGUGAUUGUCAUGAUAGUUCCUUGGGCGAAAGCUUGGAGACAGACAUUCGCUACAGAUCUGGAGGAUAUGAAGGACAAUCAUCAUCUGGAAAUCGGUUUAAGAUGAAACUAAGAGAGUUUCGUGACAGCGCUGCUUCGUUUACUGAAUUCGAUAAGAACUACCUGACCCCAAUUUUUACGACUCACGGUGGUGGUGAUGAAGAAGAGCGUGAUGAGCUUUUGGGGGAUUCGAGGAGAAGCUAUCAUUGACACUAUGAAAUAAAUCACUUUUCCUUGUUUUACUCUCAACAGCAAGAUGGAAUCCACUUCCUAUGGUAUAUGAUUGUGUUUCCCACAUCUGGGCAACUAAAUCAAUGUCAAGUUGGAUGCCAUUGAAUUGUAGAUUAGAGUGCAAUGGUGUGGAAAUUAGUUACAGCCAGGCAUUCUCAGAAGUCUUGGUUUCUUCCUGUACAUGAUGAAGUAUGAGGCCACAAAUAAAUGGCGUUUACAUGUCCAAUCUAAUAUAUUUUUUCAUUAAAUUACUGAGAUGUUACACCUGACUUCUCAAUGCCCUUUUUGUGCUAGAGAGUUUGAUUAGAUUUAACUUUACAAUCCAUCGGUUACUGAGACAGCAACAUUUUCCUUCCGGUGUUUGUAAUGUAACAUUAGUAUCCAGGAAUUUAAUCUGUCUAUCCGAAAU